AUGUGCGUUUGCGUUUUCCAGAGGCCGCAGCCCAAGAAUACGGGGCCUCCAAUGGCGAGCGAGGCCGGACCGCCGCAGCCCAAGGCCGUCCUACGCGGCCACAAGGCGCAGGUCCACGCCGCGGCCUUCGUGCGCGAUAACCAGCGCCUGCUCACCGGCGAUGCGGACGGCUUCGUGGUCGCGUGGGACCUCACCAUCAUGCGGCCCCGCGCCGUCUGGCGAGCGCACGAGAACGCCAUCCUCGGCGUCGCCGGGUGGGGGAGCGAGCGGGUGAUUACACAUGGCAGAGACAACAAGUUGAUUGUGUGGAAGCUGCGGCUGGCGGACGAGGCUGCGCUGAGCACGACUGUGCCUCUGGACCCGUCUGCCGAGGACAGGCCGCGGCCGUGGAUGCUGCACAUGCUCGAGGUCAACACGAUGAAUUUCUGUUCUUUCGGGCACUGCGCUGUGUUUGAAUCGGGCGUGGCAUCGUCCUCGGAGCUUCUCAUCGCUGUGCCGAACACGUUGGCGUCCGAGGCCGUUGACAUCUUCCAUCUCCCAUCGCAACGGCGGAUCCACACAGUCAAACUGGGAGAGAAGAACGGCAUGGUCAUGUCCGUCCGCCUCUUCUACCAGAGCGGGGCCGCACUCACUGUCGUCGCUGGCUACGAGAAUGGGCUGGCUGUGGUCGCCCAGUUGAACGAGGAGAACUCAUGGGAUGUCAGAUACAAGGCACAGUCGCACAGCCAGCCUAUCUUGUCUUUAGACGUCGGCCCUGACAAGGACUACUUCAUUACCUCCGGUGCAGAUGCAUUGGUGGUCAAGCACCCUCUACCCACAGCCGUUGUCCAACCACAACCACAACAGAGCGCGGCGCCACCAGCCUCGCAAGCCAGCCCUGAAGCCGAACCUUCAAAACCUCCAACCGCCACCACACCACAAGGCGCUCCGGUCUCCGCACUCUCCGCCACCCUGGCCAACGCACCCAGCCAGCCUCCGCCGCCCCCACACCGGCCGAAACCGAGCGUCGAGACCCAGCCCGUCAAGGUGGUCAACACGAAGCACUCGGGCCAGCAGGACCUGCGCAUCAGGUCGGACGGGCGCAUCUUCGCGACGGCCGGGUGGGACGCCCGCGUGCGCGUCUACUCGGCCAAGACGCUGAAGGAGCUGGCGGUGCUCAAGUGGCACCAGGUCGGCUGCUACGCUACGGCUUUCGCGGCGGUCGCUCCUGCGGACAGCGGCGCCCAGCAGGACGAACAGCAGAGGGAGACGCCGCGGACAGAACAGGGAGGGGCGGAAGCGGAUGGGGAGGCUCAAGGGACAGACAAGCCGGUGGGCAGCGAGGUGGCUAGGAGUACGACAGGUCGUGGCGGCCGCGGUCUGGUGCCGCGGUUAGUUGAUAUGAGUGUCAAGGACAAGAGGAUAUUGCAGGCUACGACUGCGCACUGGAUCGCGGCGGGUGCCAAGGAUGGAAAGGUCAGUCUGUGGGAUAUUUAUUAA